CUUACUCGAAUUUGCAUCACAUACAGCAAAAACGGACGGAAAACUAACUCUCAUCAUCAACGAAGAGAAGAAGAACAAGCAUAUAGUCCAGGGUAAAACUCUAAUUUGGAUUCGAUAGCAGAAACUGGGAUUUGCAGAUCAGAUAAUUCUGGGUUCUGGGUUCUGGGUUUUGUUAAUCAGAUACAAAGCGCUAUGGGUUUUGUGGUCACAACUCUUAUAUUUGCAGCAGUGGGCAUAAUUGCUUCCCUUUUCGUUAGAAUCUGCUGCAGUGGCGGUCCAUCUACUCAUUUGUUCCAUCUAACAUUGGUUGUCACAGCAGUCGUAUGCACCUGGUUGAUGUGGGCUAUUGUGUACAUUGCACAAAUGAAACCACUCAUCGUUCCAGUCCUCAGUGAAGGAGAGUAAAAGUGCUUAUGUAUAUGAAGAAUUUGGUUAUACUCAUUGCUUCAAAUCCCCCCUGCUGGAUUUGGAUGUGUUACUUUUGGUUCCGGAAGAAAGUGGGAUUGCCACAGAAUGUAAAUUUUUUUCUUCGUUUUUACCCUUUUUCUGCUGUAUCGCCUUAAUUCGUUCAUCGAACAAAUCGGUAUCCAGUUAUGGUCUUAAAUAAAAGGUUGAUCGUAGAGUUUGUAACCACCUUCAGAAAGGGAGAGACUCUAUAAUGAACAAUUAGCACAUUCAGAUUAAUGUAAGACAUAUUUAUCAAAAUAUUGAUAUAAGA